GCCGCUCGUGUUUAUGUAGCCUGGCAGUAAAUUUAUUUCGCGUCUUUCCCUAUGGAAUAUGUGACUGGUAAUAGUUUUAAGCAGGAGUGAAAUCCUGUUGAUGUACAGCAGUUAAUCGCGAAACGUGAAAAAUCCUGCUACAAUGAUUAACGUGAGAAUAUUGGUUUUUAUCUGGAUGUCGAGGGGGGUUUUCGCAGAGGGUUGUACUAAGACCGAGUACCAAUGUCAGAACGGCGAUUGUGUUAAUAUAAACAAAUACUGCAACGGUGUCCAGGAUUGCACUGAUGGCACAGACGAAAUAUCAAACUGUUCACCAUGCAACAUCACGUACUACGGCGGAGUCGGUCAUACAUACGAAUUAGAGAUAAAGAGGCCUAGUGACUCGCAAAUGCCGUUCCUGUGUUAUCUAAAUUUUACUGCUGCAGGAGGCUCGUUCGGCGAACUGGUACAACUGACGUUCGAAUCGUUCGCAGUGGGAAUGUUCGAGUCGUUCACGUCUGAAGGCUGUCCCGAUGGGUACAUCUCGAUCAGGGAGUCGAACAGGCCGCCCACGGGCGGCAAAUGGUGCGGAAGCGCGUGGGGUUACACCGUCUACUACAGCGAAACCCCCAGCGUAAACCUUACCCUGAUGCUCAACCGGUUCUCUCCCCAGCAAACAUCUGGAUACACGUUUGAAUUUAAACUGUCCUAUAAGUUUCUGAAACUAAGCGAUGCCAAAAUAAGAUACGGAAAUGCAACACAGAGAUCUUAUAGAGGAAAACUUACACCUGGGUCCUACUGUGAUAGGUUAUUGGAGAAUUGUUCCAAAAAACCAUGCAAAAUUCAAUCACCCAAUUAUCCAGGAAUUUAUCCCAGAAACGUAAGCUGUCAUUACAGAGUCAGAGAAAAAAAUGUUCCUGAAGGAAAACAUGCGUUAAUCACAGUAAGACAAGCAAAUUUCCACUACAAGGAGCAUCUACCUAAGUUUGAUAAUAGUGAUAGAGUCCUAAGAAUUUGGGAUCAGUGCAAUAUGAUGCAAGAUUAUUUGGAGAUUUUUGAUGGAUGGGGCAGUGGUGCCACAACGCUAGCUCACCUUUGCAGUGGUGAAACAGUCCCAGAAAUCAUAAGCAGUGGUCCAGAAUUGCUGGUAAAGUUUCACACUUCCCCAUUUGGGAAUCCUUUUCAUCCUUUACCACUAUCUUAUUUACCCGGAUUCGAACUGGAAGUGGAGGUAUUCUAUGUAAAUAAGGAGUCCCCAAGUUACAUAGAGCAUGGCAAAAAGUGUGAAUUCUUAGUGACAACGUUUGACAACACCACAGGUCUACUUGAAAGUCCAUUGCACAGUUUACCACCGAACACAACUUGCCAGUAUCAUUUCAAAGGUCAAAGGAACAAUAUAAUAUGGAUUUCUUUCAUCAAAUAUCACGUCACCAACGAAAGACUUGCGGAUUUCAAUACUGGAGACUGUGACGUUCAAUUGCAAAUAUGGGACGGCGAUAUCAAAGGCAAGAAUAAUGUCCAACUCAUCGGUCAGUUCUGCAAAUUUGACAAACCAAAAUUGUGUGAUCACUCGCUGCUUAAGAAUUCGUCCAGGCUUACCAGACCAUGUGGACUUGCCGAGAGUUACAUUUCAAGCAGCACAGACCUUACAAUUUCUCAUACGAUCAGAUAUGGUAGCGUCUUGUAUCCGGUGAACUUUAUACUCAAAUAUGAGUUCGUGGAUUUGUCACAAGAAGGGAGUCAAAUGUCGAGGAAUCCUUGUGAUCGAAUAUUCAAAACGGAUACUGGAAGAUUUUACUCUCCCAAAAUUACCUUUUUGUAUGGCCGUGGUGGACAAAGAGACUUAACUUGUACGUAUCAGUUCGAAUCGAAGAAUCACCAGAGGUUGAAAAUUACAUUUACUAAAGCACAAUUCGGUGAUCGAAAAUGUUAUUCGGUUUACAACACGGAGAUAAACCGGUGGGUGUGCAAUUCCAAGUCGAAAAAUAGUGGAACAGCCAACCUUAAAAUUUCAGAGUAUCCUUGGAAGGGCAUUGAAAUCAAAAGAGAUUGUUUAUGUUCUAAUAUAACUGAACCAUUCUCAAUAGUCACGAAGACCGCCAGCAGAGUGGUAGUGAAGUUUCAAAUUACCAAUAUGAAGAUCACUGAAGAUUUUCAUGAUUACUAUUUCGAUGCCACAUUCCAGUUCAUACCCAACGAAAACAACUGUCUUAAUCCUUGGAAGAACAGAAGACUAAAAGGAACGAGUGGGGAGAUAACUGUAAGAAACAACGAACAAAACUUAAGUGAAACUGAAGGUUUCACCUAUCAAAAUCAAACUGUGAAAUAUUGUUUGGAUCAACCUUGGCUUAUAGAGCCUGAAAAUAAUUUAGGUAAUUAUAUCUACCUAAAGAUUAAAGGUUCACAAAUUCGUGAUGCAAGACUUUGCCCGAGCAAGAACAGGAUUCUAAUUUAUUCACCUGGUAAAACUGAAGAUAUCCACUCAAUAUGUCCAUAUUAUGAGACGGUAGAUGACGUCGUGGAGAUGUUUUCUGAAGGUUGGAGCAUAUUUUCGUACAAGAAGAUCCAAAACAAGAACUCCAGAAGUUUCAUUAUAGAAUUUCUCCAAAGAGAAACUGGCAAUUUCGCUGUGAAUUGGAUGGAAGUUUCAAAAAAUCCAGCUUUGACUUUACCAUCUAGUCUAUUAAUGAUUUCACCACCUGACUGUCCUCAUAGUUGUCCUGAAUUGGGUGCUUGUAUAAGUCCAGAAUUGUGGUGUGACGGCUUACGACAUUGUCCUUCAGGGAAUGAUGAACAAGAAUCAAACUGUUCAAUAAACAGCGGAUUUCCCAUUCAGUAUUUGAAUUCGGCUGCUUUAACAACAUUGGGUGUGGUAAUAUUUGUAACGAUUGUUGCUGUUUCGUUCUACAUGUUCAGGCAUUGGAAAAGAGAACAGAAAAAUGUUAUCGUCUCGGUAACUGAACAUACAUUUCUGGAAUUUAAAAGUGGAUUGUGUUGAAUGAUCUCGGCAUGGAAUAAUAGAGAACAAUCAAAAUUUAUUUUAUACCUAGUUUGACCUUCAAAGUUUAAUAAUCAAAUUUGGAAGAGAGGUACUAUUAUUGAGACGUUGCUGCUUUUUAUUGUAGGUAAUUAAAUUAAUGUCCAAUAAUAUUAAUUUUCUUCUGCAACUUACGCUUUGAUGGUUGAUGCAUCUUGUAUCUACUAUAUUGUUUCUAUGAUCUUUGUAUAACAUAUCUAUAGUAGUAUUGCUUUAUACAAAAUUUCACAGCCAGAAGACCUUUUUAUCUAUUAGUAGAAUCUAAAAUCAGUCAAAGAAUCUUCUGGUGGUGCGAUGAUUAUUAACUAUAUUUUUUCUAUUACGUGUUGUUUUAAGGAAAUUUGUAAGGACAUGUGAUGUUUAGUACAAGAAUGGGGAGAUUGAUGUAGUACACUGACUGACAAUAUAUCUGUUGUAUUUAUACUAUAAGGUGAAAUUUUUAUGGUAAACAAUAAAACAUAUAAAUCAAAAAUA